AUGACGGACCCUCUAAGGCUUGCUUUCCUUCUCUUCGAUAUCAGGAAAGUGGAAGACCUUGAGGAGGACCUCAGUGGAUCGUUCGAGCGGGCCGCGGGCAGCCGCCGCGAUGGGCGCAGGGCCAUGGAGGAGCAAGUGGUUGCCGACUUCUUUGCAGAGCGCAGGCAGCAGCGAGAGGCUUGCGAGGCAAGAGAGGAGGAGACAUUUGGCCCAAUCUCCUUACCAGAGCGACAUGAUCGACAUGAUCUGGACGAUCAAGAAAGCGGUGGUGCCGGGGCCCGAGAGCAGGAACUGCAGGGAAGGCGUAGCCCAGCAACCCCAGCUCCCGACCUGGCACGGAGCCAGGAGAGCGAAGCAAGGACGUCGACGCCGGGGGUCCAAACGACUGGUCGGCCGGCGUCGAAAAAACGACGCAAAAAGGCGAAAGCGAAUCCUGUCCCCAUGGACGAGGCGGCUCGGGAGGCCGGUCGAGCGGCUGCGGCAGCUCAUCUCCAAGCUGUGGGGGCAUUGAGGCCCUCGAGAACGCAACGCGAGGGGCAAGCCGUUCAUCAAACGGAGCUGGGUGAUUUUGAAGGCCCGCCUCCUGCACCCCCCCUCGCGCUGGUGACGGACGCUCCCAUUUCAAACGUCGGGGCCCUGGUCGACCGCCUGAAGGCCAAGCGGGACGCCGAAGAGGCGGCCGCGCGAGAGGAGCGGCUCAAACGCUACGGGCGCACGCGACCCCUAGGGGCUCCACGUGGGACGGGGGAUUAUGCCUCGGCCCGGGCCCUGGACCAGGACCCAAGCCCCUCUUCCCCUCUGCCCUCUCUCGUCCUUCCUUCCCAGGAGGAAGACCCCGCCCUGAGCGCAGCGCAGCCCCCCACAGCAGCCCCCUCUUCACUGGUCGCGGAAGAUGAACGGGCCCCGCCGUCGCCGCCGCCGCCGGCCGACCGGCCCCCCGUAGACGAAGAUCCGGGUUCGGUUUCCCUGUCGCAGCCCCAUGAGCCCCCCUCCCACGCCGGGCACCCACCCUCUCCCCCCCCCGCUGACCAGCCCCAGGAGCCCCUUGUCAUAGCCCCGCUUCCCGACGAAAACCCACGGCCCGAGGUGGUCCCCGGUCAGCCCCCAGCAGUCGCACUUUCCCCUCCCUCCGCCCACCAGGAGUAG